AUGACGUUUGGAUCAUUUGUCUGGAACAAAAUUAAAACUUUAAUAAUGUCUGUCAAAAAGUUUUUAUGGAAAACUUUGAUUCCCGCCUGUGGGAGGGCCACAAAAACACCAUCUUCAUCUCAUCAAAAGCAAAUAUCUCCGCAAAGGCUAUCUUUAUCAGAUGUUAGCUUUCCUGGUUCUCCAAUUUUUCUCAGUGUUUUAUCAAACUCCUUUGGUCUCAACCUUCAUAUUUUCACUCUCAAGGACCUUCAAAUCAUUACCCAGAACUUCUCCAGGAGUAAUUAUAUUGGCGAAGGCGGGUUCGGAGAGGUCUACAAAGGGUUCAUUCAUGAUAAUUUCAAGCGUGGGUUGAAGGCUCAAUCUGUUGCUGUUAAGGCAUUGAAUUUGGAUGGUACACAAGGUCAUAGGGAAUGGCUGGCUGAAGUUAUCUUCCUCGGACAAUUAAAGCAUCCUCAUCUUGUGAACUUGAUUGGAUACUGCUGUGAAGAUGAACAUAGGCUUCUGGUUUAUGAGUACAUUGAACGAGGCAACCUGGAGAAUCAUUUGUUCAAAAGAUAUGGAGGAAGUCUGCCAUGGUUAACAAGAAUGAAGAUUGCACUUGGAGCAGCAAAGGGCUUGAAUUUUCUUCACCAAGAAGUAAAACCAGUUAUUUAUAGAGAUUUCAAGACCUCUAACAUCUUGUUAGACCUGGACUUCACUGCGAAGCUCUCCGAUUUCGGAUUAGCAACUGACGGUCCGGAGGGGGAAGACUCCCAUGUUACCACCUGUGUGAUGGGCACAGAAGGCUACGCAGCUCCUGAAUACAUCAUGACAGGUCACUUGACAACCAUGAGCGAUGUCUUCAGCUUCGGAGUAGUACUAUUGGAGCUGCUAACGGGUCGGAGAUCAGUGGACAAGAGACGUCCUUGCAGAGAAAGGAACCUAGUUGAGUGGGCAAGACCCCAAUUAAAGGAUCCUUAUAAGCUUGACACCCUAAUGGAUCCUACACUUGAAGGGCAAUACUCAAAUGAAGGGGCUAAAAAAGCAGCUGCAUUGGCAUAUCACUGUCUCAGCCACAACCCUAAAUCCAGACCAACCAUGAGCACCGUGGUCAGCACCUUAGGGUCUGUCAUGGAGUUUAAGGACAUCCCUGUGGGACCCUUUGUGUAUAUUGUCCCAACCGAAGGACAAACCACCCAAAACCAGUCUUCUGACGUGAAAAACAAAAACCCACAUCGACAAGACAAUGACCAGAACAAAGAUAAGGUCGGGCGAGGCCGUGGCCGCCGACGGAGACGACGGGUUAAGUCAUUAAGGUCUCGUGCUGUUCAUUCAGAUACCACUUUGUAUGAAAAGCUAGGAUCAAGCUUGUACUCUCCUUUGAACUAA